UUUUUUUACAGCAUCAUCGUCCUCAUCGCGCUUUGGUACAGCUGCUGCUGAUGAUGUGCAGGGGGAAAGGAGAAAAAUCAAAGCCAUGGGUAGAGCUUUAAGGAUUCUAGGCCUUAAUUCAUUCUGGAGGUUAAUAAAACGGUCUUCCAAUUCCUAGAGAGAAUGGGGAAGAGGAGAGAAAGGAAACAUUGGAGGACCUUAGAGAAUUUCUUUGAGGCGAUGGACUUUCCCAACUGAGCGUAUUCAAGGCCACUGUAGUACUUGUGGAAAUGGCAAAGAAGAGCCGUUCUAAGGGCGAGAAGCCCGAAGCUCUUAUUGCUGCUUUACAGGCAGCCAAUGAAGAUCUCAGGUCUAAACUGACUGACAUUCAAAUAGAACUGCACCAGGAGAAGUGCAAGGUGAGCAAACUGGAGCGAGAGAAGGUCCAGGAAGGGAAGAAGAUCCGUGAGCAGGAGCAGCACAAGCACACGGUGACGCUGACAGAGCUGAAAGCCAAGAUGCAUGAGGACAAGAUGAAGGAGCUGCAGGCCGUGCGGGAGAACCUGCUCAAGCAGCACGAGCAGGAGCUGGCCCGCACCAUCAAGAUCAAGGACGCCGAGAACCAGAGGCUCAAGACGGCGCUGAACGGCCUGCGGGACGGCAGCAGCGAUAAAGUAAGGACAGCUUUGACUCUGGAGGCCAAGGAGGAGGCCAGGAAGUUCUUUGACUCUGAGCGCCUGAAGCUGCUGCAGGAAAUCGCGGAGCUCAAAGCAACCAAGAAGCAAACGGACGAGGCCCUGAGUAAGAUGAUCCAGGCCGACAAGAUUAAAGCUGGAGACCUGAGAAGUGAGCAUCAGUUACACCAGGAGCAGAUCUCCAAGAUUAAGUGGGACUGUGAGAGGGAUAUCCGUAGGCUUGUGGACGAGAUCAAAAGUAAAGACAGGACCAUUUUCGCACUGGAAAAGGAACUGGAGACUCAGACAGGGUUCCUGCAGAAACUGCAGCUGCAGAAGGACGCCCUAGAUGAGCAGCUCUUUCUGGUGAAGGAGGCAGAGUGCAACCUGGGCAGCCCCAAGCGCGAGAUUCCAGGGAGGGCAGGAGACGGGGCAGAGCACUGUGGCAGCCCGGACAUGCGGAGGAACCAGAGAAAAAUGGCAGAGUUGAAUUCGACCAUCCGGAAGCUUGAGGACAGAAACACACUGUUGGUUGAUGAAAGGAAUGCACUGCUGAAACGGGUACGAGAAACUGAGAAACAAUGCAAACCACUCCUGGAAAAAAAUAAGCUGCUCACCAAGAGAAACGAUGAGCUCACCCAGUCGCUGCAGCGCCUUGAAGAGAAGCUCAAGGUGCUGACGAAAGAAAACCUGGAAAUGAAAGAUAAGAUGAGCUCUCACCACCCUCUCAAGAAGCUAAAAUCUUUGAAUGAUCUGGAUCAAGCUCAUGAAGAACAGGAAAUAGAAUUUUUAAAACUUCAGGUUUUAGAACAACAGAAUAUGAUUGAUGACCUAACCAGGGACAGAGAAAAACUUCUACGGAGAAAGAAACAUAAACGAAGUUCAAAGCCCAUCAAGAGACAUAUAGUAGUGGAUACCUUCUUUGGGUAUGACGAGGAAUCAAUGGACUCCGAAACUUCUUCAGUGGCCUCUUUCCGAACUGACAGGACACCGGCAACUCCUGACGAAGACCUGGAUGAAAGCUUGGCGGCAGAGGAGUCGGAGCUGCGGUUCCGUCAGCUGACCAGGGAAUACCAAGCUCUCCAGCGAGCAUAUGCCCUCCUACAGGAACAGAAAGGGGGCAUUCUAGAUGCAGAGAAGGAAGCCAAGGCUCAUGAACAGCUUCAAGCUGAAGUUCUCAGGUAUAAAGCUAAAAUCGAAGACCUUGAAAAAGAAAUCUCUCAAAAGGGACAGGAUUCCAAAUGGGUAGAAGAAAAGCAAUUGUUCCUCCGAAGAAAUCAAGACCUCCUUGAUAAGGUGGAAAAACUGGAAGCAGAUAUAAAUAGACUUCAACAAGAGCUACAAGAUUCCAAGGACCAGAAUGAGCUGCUCGAGUUUCGGAUUUUAGAGUUAGAGGAGCGCGAGAGGAGAUCUCCACCCUUCAAUCUGCAGAUCCACCAGCCAUUCUCAGAAGGAGUGAGUGCUCUGCAGAUCUACUGCAUAAAGGAAGGAGUGAAGGAUGUUUGUAUUCCUGAUCUUAUAAAGCUCUUGGAUAUACUUGGAGACAAUGGGAAUUUAAGGAAUGAAGAGCAAGUGGCCAUCAUACAAGCAAGCACAGUGUUAUCCCUCGCAGAAAAGUGGAUACAGCAGAUUGAAGGCACCGAAGCUGCUCUUCAUCAGAAAAUGUUGGAUCUGGAGCUUGAAAUGGAGAUGUUUUGUAAGCAGAAAGGCUACUUGGAGGAGGAACUCGAUUAUAGGAAGCAAGCCUUGGACCAGGCCUACAUGCAAAUCCAGGAGCUGGAAGCCACCCUGUACAAUGCCUUACAGCAGGACACGGUGAUAAAGUAUGGGGAAUCUCUGACAGAGAGGCAGAAGGACGAGCUGCGCACUGCUGUGGAGAAACUCCGGCGCCAGAUGUUGAGGAAAAGUCGGGAGUACGACUGCCAGAUCUUGCAGGAGAGGAUGGAGCUGCUUCACCAGGCACACCAGAGAAUUCGAGAUCUAGAGGAUAAAACUGAUAUCCAGAAGAGACAAAUUAAAGACCUUGAAGAAAAGACUAGAUGGCAGUGCGGAAAAAUUGUACAGAACAACUUUUUUUCUCUUAAAAUAUGCCAAGCCUUGUUUACUGUAUAUUUACCAUAUUUACGUAGCAAAGGCUACUGAUAUCUAUUUUUAACAAGCCAUUCAAUGGAUUGGUUGUCUGACAUUUUCUGAACACCCAAUCUGGUUGUGUUAUAUGCUGCAUUAAACUGAUCCUGUGUUAACCAGUCAAGUAAACUUUUACCUUGAGAGAAGAUACAAGUGCUCGCCUGUUACCCAUCAACAAAACAAGUCUCAGACAUCAAACCAAAGUUGGAAAGAUCCUAUCUCUGCCAUGCAGGGGAAUUCUGCAAGACUUCACUCAACUCCUGGGAGAUGAAUGCAGGAAUAGUGAAGAUUUGGAGAUGAUACAAACCAUCAGCCCAUAAGGAUAUUAUGGAUUCUCUUCCGCAUGCCACAUGAAUGGUGGUAAACAAGACAGUCUGCAUUAGAAAAUGGCCCUUCAGCAGUUAGGGUCUAGGUGAACUCACUCAGGAACUGUGGUCAAGGAGACUCACUGUACUGUAACUUAACUUACAACACUGGAAAAACAAAAAGAUCCUGCAAGUGACUCUAUAUGGAUCUCUUAGUGACAUAUAGCAAGAACACAGAACAAUCACUGUAAGGCAUGAACACUGUACCACCAAGGUUCACAGAAUACAAACCACCUGAUUAAAUAGCCUGUUGACUAGUAAGACAGAAAAUAAUAUUAAAUAUCCUGAACCUGCUACAUCUUUAUUUUUUAAAAUCUCAAAGAACUGAAGUAGCUCAUUCACGUCUAGUGUUUUUUAAACACUUCCUGUCUAUUACAGUGUCUCAAGAUUUUUUUCCUGAAAUGACACUCUCUAACCUACUGUAUAAUAUACCUUUGUUGAUAUGUAUAUGACUGUGUCUAUUAAUUGUAAUGGCUUUCCUUUACUUUUGUGAAUACUUCCGAAUUUUUGCAGCUUGAACAAUAGAAUUUCUUGGCGUUUGACAUAUAAACUGCUCUAUUAUUGUGGUGACAGCUGCAAAAGGUCUUAAUGUUUUUCGAAUGUCAGUAUCAAAUUGGAAGAAUCUUUUUCUCUUUUUUUUUACUGUAAACAGUAAAUAUUCUAUACCAGCAGGAAUAUACCAAUGGGUUUAUACUUUGCUAAUAGGUCUGCUCCAGUUAAUAGCUGCACUUCGCUCGUAAUGAACUCUGGACUUGCUACAGUACAUCUAGUUAAUUAUGUCUAUUCAACAGGAUAGAUACAAUUGCUGCAAGUGUUGCUAUAGUAAAAAAAAAUGUGUUUGCUACAUUUUUCUAUGUUUCUCUGAAAUAUUUUGAUGAGUUUGGUUUACUGCAAGCAUUAUCAUCUGGAAUAAUUCAAUGAUCUCUUCCAUCUGAAACAAGAAGAAGUCAUUGUAAUUGAUAUUAUGGCUAUGUCUUAUUUUACCCCUGGGCUCAGUAUUUGCUUUGCAAUAUUAAAAAGCCUGUGAGACAGAAAGUGUUGUGCCUGUUCUGGAAACACUUGGCUGCUCUUGCUUUUCAAAUUUUUUAAAAGGACUAUGAACUAUAUAUUUCUUGCUGCACACAUGUUCUUAGCUUGUGUUAAAGGGGAAAGAUCCAUUCCACCGAACUUAGCUUUGUGCCGAACCUUAUUUACAUACAACAAUGAUGGCCUUAAAUGCUCUGUCCCUCUUUUUUCUUUUUAUUUAUAUGGCAUACAUGUGUGCUGGUUUCUGACUUCUUCUGAUGUAAUUAACUUUCCCUAAUCACCUGGAUUUUGUUAACCCUUUUGUCUUCCAACAGAACCUUGAUUUAAAUGGCUUCUCUCAGUUCUUUGUUAUACAUAAAGGGGAAAAACAUGGAAAUCAAAGAAAAUAAACUCAAUGACCUUUGGUUUUCUGCA